ACAUCCAUUCUGGUCCAACGCUGAGGCAGGGGGUGUGGUGUUAGAGCUCAGCACUCCCUUGUGCAAGUCUGAGGAAGAGGAGAGAGCGGGACAGGGGUACUGAACAUCGAGGGGAAACGCAAGUCUUCAUCACCUGCCGCAAACAGCUGCUGCUGUGUCCCCUAAAGACACCGACAGAACCCAGUGAACAGUCCCAUACAGUAUACUGGACAUGGAGGCGGGACCUGAUGAGAGAGCAGUGGCGGCUGCGUCUGCCAACGAGGCCUCUGAGACGACCCCCAGCGACACGUCGUCAGGCACACUGACCAGUCAGCAGCUAGCUGCUAUUGAGGAUGAAGAAGUCCUGAAUAAACUGUUGGAUAAGGCUGUGGAUUUUGAUGAAAGGCGAAUGAUCCGCGCUGCAUUGAGGGACCUGCUCAAGAAGAAGAGAGAGAAGCGAGAGAAAGAGCGGGGGUCACGGCAAGAUGACCUGAGACAGCAGGCUUUGAGUAAAGCAGGCACAGGACGAAUGGGAAUGAACAGGGGCCAGACCAGCAAUCACCAGCCUAAAUCUCACAUGCACAGCCAAUUUCCUGCGUCAACCACCAGCUCCUUGUCUAAGACAACUAGCAGCAUGGCCAACCCAGCUAUCGCAACAGCCCAUCAGUCUUCCCCUGUCGCUGCAGCACCCAACAUGAAAAAUGUCAAGCAGAUGUUACUGGAUUGGUGCAGGGCCAAAACCGAACCAUAUGAGGGGGUGGAAAUCCACAACUUCUCCUCCAGUUGGAGUGAUGGCAUAGCGUUCUGUGCGCUGGUGCACAGGUUCUUCCCAGAUGCAUUUGAGUACUCCAUCCUCAACCCCAACGCACGCAAGGACAACUUUGAGCUGGCCUUCAGCACUGCAGAGAGGCUGGCAGAUUGCCCCCCUCUGCUGGACGUUGAAGACUUGCUGCGGAUGCGUGAGCCUGACUGGAAGUGUGUGUACACAUACAUCCAGGAGUUCUACCGAUGUCUGGUGGAGAAAGGCCUAGUUAAAACUAAAAAAAAACUCUAAAUACAAUGUUUCACAGUAUACUCAAAUACAUGUUGCGUCCACGUGCCAUGGGGAGGGGAUAUAAAAGUUUGCAAUUUGCUGCAGCAGCUUGUAAGCUCAUUGCUGGGAUUUUGAUUAUUUGUGUGUCUUUUUUUUUAUUGUUUUGUGUGAGCUUACACUUAUCUGUGUAUGUUUUCAGAAGACAGCUGGUACUUAGGAUCUGUACAUUCCACUGAGAUUACACAUCUACAUUAUUCUCAGUCAGAGCCAUAGGGAAUCUGAAUGGCUUUUUGGGGUGCUGAGGUGCUGUGCCCUGACUAUCAUGCCUUUGUGUGUGUAGGCUAUGUAUGGAUUAAAGAUACUGUGCAUGAGGUCAAAUACACUGCUCAAAAAAAUAAAGGGAACACUAAAAUAACACAUCCUAGAUCUGAAUGAAUUAAAUAUUCUUAUUAAAUACUUUUUUCUUUACAUAGUUGAAUGUGCUGACAACAAAAUCACACACAUUAUCAAUGGAAAUCAAAUUUAUCAACCCAUGGAGGUCUGGAUUUGGAGUCACACUCAAAAUUAAAGUGGAAAACCACACUACAGGCUGAUCCAACUUUGAUGUAACGUCCUUAAAACAAGUAAAAAUGAGGCUCAGUAGUGUGUGUGGCCUCCACGUGCCUGUAUGACCUCCCUACAACGCCUGGGCAUGCUCCUGAUGAGGUGGCGGAUGGUCUCCUGAGGGAUCUCCUCCCAGACCUGGACUAAAGCAUCCGCCAACUCCUGGACAGUCUGUGGUGCAACGUGGCGUUGGUGGAUGGAGCGAGACAUGAUGUCCCAGAUGUGCUCAAUUGGAUUCAGGUCUGGGGAACGGGCUGGCCAGUCCAUAGCAUCAAUGCCUUCCUCUUGCAGGAACUGCUGACACACUCCAGCCACAUGAGGUCUAGCAUUGUCUUGCAUUAGGAGGAACCCAGGGCCAACCGCACCAGCGUAUGGUCUCACAAGGGGUCUGAGGAUCUCAUCUCGGUACCUAAUGGCAGUCAGGCUACCUCUGGCGAGCACAUGGAGGGCUGUGCGGUCCCCCAAAGAAAUGCAACCCCACACCAUGACUGACCCACCACCAAACCGGUCAUGCUGGAGGAUGUUGCAGGCAGCAGAACGUUCUCCACGGCAUCUCCAUACUCUGUCACGUGCUCAGUGUGAACCUGCUUUCAUCUGUGAAGAGCACAGGGCGCCAGUGGCGAAUUUGCCAAUCUUGGUGUUCUCUGGCAAAUGCCAAACGUCCUGCACGGUGUUGGGCUGUAAGCACAACCCCCACCUGUGGACGUUGGGCCCUCAUACCACCGUCAUGGAGUCUGUUUCUGACCGUUUGAGCAGACACAUGCACAUUUGUGGCCUGCUGGAGGUCAUUUUGCAGGGCUCUGGUAGUGCUCCUCCUGCUCCUCCUUGCACAAAGGCGGGGGUAGCAGUCCUGCUGCUGGGUUGUUGCCCUCCUACGGCCUCCUCCACGUCUCCUGAUGUACUGGCCUGUCUCCUGGUAGCGCCUCCAUGCUCUGGACACUACGCUGACAGACACAGCAAACCUUCUUGCCACAGCUCGCAUUGAUGUCCCAUCCUGGAUGAGCUGCACUACCUGAGCCACUUGUGUGGGUUGUAGACUCAGUCUCAUGCUACCACUAGAGUGAAAGCACCGCCAGCAUUCAAAAGGGACCAAAACAUCAGCCGGGAAGCAUAGGAACUGAGAAGUGGUCUGUGGUCCCCACCUGCAGAACCACUCCUUUAUUGGGGGUGUCUUGCUAAUUGCCUAUAAUUUCCACCUGUUGUCUAUUCCAUUUGCACAACAGCAUGUGACAUUUAUUGUCAAUCAGUGUUGCUUCAUCAGUGGACCGUUUGAUUUCACAGAAGUGUGAUUGACUUGGAGUUACAUUGUUGUUGAAGUGUUCCCUUUAUUUUUUUUGAGCAGUGUAUAAUGUGAAUGAUUUGAUUUGUGAACAUUUAUUUGGUUCUGAUCACAUUUUAGAGUAGGCCUAGCCUACCACAUUUCUAUUAUGGGGAACCCAUACCAUUUUCAGCCUGAAAGCCUGAUGCCCAAUCAUUACCGUGUUUGGUAACUGUCAAAAAAUGGCAAAUAUCACAGUAAAACUGAUUAAUUCUAAACUACUCGGGACCACCAUGUGCUCAGGAACAGACUAGAAUCAUACUAUAUAAAACACCGAGUUGCAAUAUCUUUAUUUUCAUUGUGAAUGGGUUGGGGGGUGCAAAAAUGGGGGAGGGUUUUGUUUUGGGGAGAGUUAUGUGUUUUUUUAUUGGGCACAGGGGAGGGUAAUUUACUCUUCUGCUUGCAUGCACCUCCUCCAGCAAGGUAGUUUGGUACUUCUCCGUCAGCUAACUAUACCACAGGUUAAUAUAGUCUACAAGUCUAACUGUAUAUCCUGCCCUCGAUCUACCAUUCAUAGUGACAAUAGUGUUAGGUGGAUCGUUUGUCCUGAUCUGCAAUAGGUUAACUAGCCAAACAUACAAAUAUUCAAAGCUGCAUACAUUUUCAAUAUAAAUCCACAAGAACAAGGAGGAAUAGCUGAUUGGCAGUGAAGAGGUCAGGUGUGUCAUUGUGUAUGAAAGAACAGUGAAGACAUGAAACAUGCAGCUCAAAAGCGCCCCUGUUGAUCUUGUUGAGGGACAAUAAAAGUAACUAGUGCAGCCUAGAAUGCUACAAUGCAAUGAAUAAUUGUAUUAUGGUGAGUGCAGGUGAGUUCAAAAGUCUACUCUAAGCUGUAAACUGCAGUAAAAAUAUAAUUUGAAUAAUGGCACAACGCCCUGUGAUUUGACUGUGUUAUGCCAUUCAUUCCAUUUGGAUCAGUUGUGGGUGUACCCUCGACAGUUUAUAAGGUCUAUAAAGGGACAGUAGCAGGCCAGUUUGGCUGUAUUUGGAUUUUGUGAUACUGAAAUGCAUUGUCUGUUGCAAAUCAUCAUUCUCCCAACAAGUCGUCCUAUAAUAAUGUGUUUACUUAUCCUCCCAGAAGGCCCAGUUAUUCAGUAAAGCUUAAAGGCCCAGUGCCGUCAAAAUCUAGAUUUCCCUGUGUUUUAUGUAUAUUUGCACACUGAGGUUUGAAUAAUACUGUGAAAUUGUGAAAAUGAUUUAUAAUUCUCUAUUAGUGCAUGUGUGACAGUAUAAAGUUAAACCGUCCCCUCGCCCAUACCCGGGCGCGAACCAGGGACUCUCUGCACACAUCAACAACAGUCAAGUGAUGUCACCGAAUGAAACGCUAUUUAGCGCACACUGCUAACUAAGCUAGCCGUUUCACAUCGGUUACACUCACCCCCCUUUUGACCUUCCUCCUUUUUUCCCCUGCAGCAACCAGUGAUCCGGGUCACGGCACCAAUGUGACAGUAUAAAUUUAAACCGUCCCCUCACCCAUACCCGGGCGCGAAUCAGGGACUCUCUGCACACAUCAACAACAGUCACCCUUGAAGCGUCGUUACCCAUCGCUCCACAAAAGCCGCGGCCCUUGCAGAGCAAGGGGAACCACUACUUCAAGGUCUCAGAGCAAGUGACGUCACCGAUUGAAACGCUAUUUAGUGCACACCGCUAACUAAGCUAGCCGUUUCACAUUGGUUACACAUGAGCUGUUUUAAAAGGCGGACUGACAUUUCAGCCAGUUUUGGCCUGCCUGGUGACACUCAGAUCACUACCAGACAGUCCUAGCAAAAUUCUUGCUUGACAAAUUGCUCUUUGCAAAGAAGCUGUUUAAACUUAUUUUUUUUACAGUUUUUAUUGAAAACUAUCACAGUAAGGUACUUAAAUUAUUUGACAUUGAAGUAGAAAGGACUGCAUUGGAUCUUUAUAGGAAAAUAUCACUCUUGGUAUUUGUUUCAUUAGUCCAGUAUUGAUAGUCUCACAUUGUUUUGGUUAUCAGCAAUCAAUAUUCUAGAUAUAGAACUUUCAAAAUACAGAAAGUUCUAAACGCAUCAUACUGUGACACUAAUGAAACAAAUACUUAAAGUUUUUGAGUGGAAUUUUCCUUUAAUCAGGCUCUUGCCUCCUCUGAGGCAAUUCCUUGAGCACCUUAGAACCUAAAUAUUCAAUACAGCCUAAGUAUUUGUCAUUUCACAUUUAAAACGUAUUACCUUUUAUGUGUGGCAUAAACACAACCAGUAACCAUGUUUUAAUCUGAUUAGGCUACUUCAAAAGUGUCCUGUAGGUUACCUGCGCACUUUUGUCCAAAAUAUAAUUCCAGCAGCCAAACGUCAUUUGAUGAAUGGAAAUGGACAUCUGUUACAAAACACCAAAAAAAUGUAUGACGUCAAGAGAUUGUCAAACCAAGCCUUUGAUACUGGGUACAAGGGAGGGAUGUAGUUUCUGUUUGUUGAAAUUUACAUAGUCUAUUUGAUUGUAUUGGUGGUGAAAACGCAAACAAUUAUGUUGAAGUGCCCGAAGUCCGCAUGCUUUGCUUAUUGGUUGUGUGGUGCAUUGUCACAAAAACCUGUUGGUGGACAAUUUGUUGCAUAUAUUUUAUAUAAUUAUAAA